UUGUUCUGCAAGAAACUAAACCAUGGCUCUUGAAACUAUGUCAUUGUCUUUAUCCAAUUCUGCCAUGUUUUCAUCAGGUGUUGUUGAAGAUGAUAAGAAGCAAGAGGCAUUUGUAUUCCCUAAAUUUGUUGUGAUGGGUCAUAGAGGUUUUGGGAUGAACAUGCUUCAAUCUCCGGACGAGAAAAUGAAAUUUAUCAAAGAAAAUUCUAUUCUUUCUUUCAAUGUUGCUGCAGAUUUCCCUAUUGACUUCAUUGAGUUCGAUGUCCAGGUAACAAGAGAUGGUUGCCCUGUAAUUUUCCAUGAUAUCUUUAUGUUCACGCAAGAACAGGGAGUGAUUAUUGAGAAAAGAGUAACAGAAAUGGCUUUACAUGAAUUUCUCUCAUAUGGACCACAAAAGGAUGGAACAAAUGUAAAGCCUAUGUUGAGAAAGACAAAAGAUGGUAGAAUUUUCGAAUGGAAAGUCGAAAAGGAUGCUCCUUUGUGUACCCUUGAAGAAGCUUUCGUAAAAGUUAAACACUCACUCGGAUUCAAUAUCGAGCUCAAAUUCGAUGAUAAUACCGUUUAUGGAGAAGAAGAGUUACGUCAAACUCUUGACAACAUCUUGAAGGUUGUAAAUGAGCAUUCCAAGAACCGGCCCAUUAUCUUCUCGAGCUUUCAUCCUGAUGCGGUUCGACUCAUUAGAAAUAUGCAAAGGAGUUACCCUGUAUUCUUCUUAACAAAUGGAGGAUGUGAAAUCUAUAAGGAUGUGAGAAGGAACUCAUUAGAUGAGGCCAUAAAGCUUUGCAAAGAAAGCGGUUUGCAAGGGAUUGUCUCUGAGGUUAAGGCCAUAUUAAGAACCCCAAACGCAAUCACACGAGUCAAAGAUUCAAAACUUUCACUUCUGUCUUAUGGCCAGCUUAACAAUGUGGUGGAGGUGAUUUACUUACAAUAUCUGAUGGGUGUGGAGGGAGUGAUUGUUGAUAUGGUCAAGGAUAUCUCUGAAGCCAUCGCGAAUAUCGAAGUUACAAACGAGGACGAUUGUGAAGAUGACGAUGGAAGAAAGUGUCAGAUUAGGUUUAGAGAGGAGAGGAAAAAGGUGAAAAUUUCUAAGGAUGAGAUCACUUUGUUAACUAAGUUCGUACCAAAACUGCUUCAACAAUGAAGAUUUCGCUUCAUUAACACUUUCGCUUACUUGUAAAUAGACUACUUACUUACUU